AUGGCGUUGGAAAGGGAAUUAUUGGUUGCAACUCAAGCUGUACGAAAGGCGUCUUUAUUGACCAAGAGAAUUCAAUCUGAAGUGAUUUCUCACAGAGACUCCACUACUAUUACUAAGAGUGACAAUUCUCCAGUAACCACAGGUGAUUAUGCUGCACAAACCAUUAUCAUAAAUGCUAUCAAGAGUAAUUUCCCAAAUGAUAAGGUGGUAGGUGAAGAAUCCUCAUCUGGAUUGAGCGAUGCAUUCGUCUCAGGAAUUUUGGACGAAAUAAAAGCCAAUGACAACGUGUAUGGCAAGAAUUAUAAAAAAGAUGAUUUUCAGUUUACGAAUGAUCAGUUCCCGCUAAAAUCUUUGGAGGACGUCAGACAAAUUAUCGACUUCGGAAAUUACGAAGGUGGUAGAAAGGGAAGAUUUUGGUGUUUGGACCCUAUUGACGGGACCAAGGGGUUUUUAAGAGGUGAACAAUUUGCAGUAUGCCUAGCAUUAAUCGUAGACGGUGUUGUCCAGCUUGGUUGUAUCGGAUGCCCCAACUUAGUUUUAAGUUCUUAUGGAGCCCAAGAUUUGAAGGGCCAUGAGUCAUUUGGUUAUAUCUUUCGUGCUGUUAGAGGUUUAGGUGCCUUCUACUCUCCAUCUUCAGAUGCUGAGUCAUGGACCAAAAUCCACGUUAGACACUUGAAAGACACGAAGGACAUGAUUACUUUGGAAGGAGUAGAAAAGAGUCACUCCUCUCAUGAUGAACAAACCGCCAUCAAAAACAAACUGAAUAUAUCUAAGUCUUUGCACUUGGAUUCUCAGGCCAAGUACUGUUUGUUAGCGUUGGGCUUAGCUGACGUAUAUUUACGUUUGCCUAUCAAGCUUUCUUACCAAGAAAAGAUCUGGGACCAUGCUGCAGGGAACGUUAUUGUCCACGAAGCUGGAGGUAUCCAUACAGAUUCCAUGGAAGAUGUUCCUCUAGACUUCGGUAACGGUAGAACGCUAGCUACCAAGGGAGUUAUAGCGUCAAGCGGUCCACGCGAGUUACAUGACAUGGUGGUGUCUACAUCAUGUGCCGUCAUUCAGUCGAGAAACGCCUAA